AAUCAAUUUUUCCUCCGAAGCCACUGAGCUUCCCCCACUUAUAUCAAUUCUCUCCACUCUCUCUAGACCCUCCCUCUGAACACCACCAUUAAUAACAGACCGUUGUUAUUUAUGGUAUCUCAAAACAUCACCAACACCACAAACUAACUCGGCAACUAAACCAACAUCCUCCUCAAGAUCCAAAUAAAGAAACCCAAAAUUUACACAGAAAAAAAUACCUCUCAGAUAUGAGAGGAACUCGUCCACCAACGAAAUCAGGGUUUUCUACACUCGAAGAUGAGACAGAAACACCAGUUCGACCACCACCACUCGGUCCUGCCGGUGUUGGUGCGAACAGGAAGAAAGCAGUAAUAGGUGUUAGAGCAUGGUUAAUUCUUGAUUCAACAGGUCAUGCUCAAUUAGUUGAAGUUGGGAAACAUUCAAUUAUGCGUAAAACUGGUUUACCAGCGAGAGAUUUAAGAAUUCUUGAUCCAUUAUUAUCAUAUCCAUCAACUGUAUUAGGUCGUGAGAAGGCAAUUGUUAUUAAUCUUGAACAUAUUAAAGCUAUUAUUACUGCUCAAGAAGUUCUUCUUUUGAAUCCCAAAGAUCCCGCUGUGAUGCCAUUUGUUGAAGAGAUUCAACAUCGUUUGUUGCGACUUUAUCAAGCUACUAAGAGCCAGGAAGGUAGGGCUAGUGGGGAUGAAGAAGAAUGGGCAGGUUUGUAUGAUUUGGAGGAGACACGGUCUAGGUCAAUGAGUCCAUCUAACUAUUCGGGGAGAUUUUGGCCAGUUCAUGAUACUGAGGAAGGAGGUAAGAUGGAUGGCAAGUCUGGAUUGGAGAUUAGGGAGAAACCGAAGGUCCUUCCCUUUGAAUUCGUCGCGCUAGAAGCUUGUUUAGAGGCAGCUUGUAGCUGCUUAGAUAAUGAAGCAAGGACGCUGGAGCAAGAAGCUCACCCGGCUUUGGAUAAGCUGACAACUAAGAUUAGUACUCUCAAUUUGGAACGAGUCCGGCAAAUUAAGAGUCGAUUAGUUGCAAUCACUGGGCGUGUUCAAAAGGUGAGGGACGAACUUGAACAUCUGCUGGAUGAUGACGGAGAUAUGGCUGAGAUGUAUCUGACGGAGAAGAUAGUGCAACAACGCGCGGACGAGGAUUCUUAUGAAGGAGAGGGCAUAUAUGACAGAGGUCUUCAACCAGACAUGGGUGACAGAAUUCCAGCUGAAAUAUCUUUGGAGGGAAAUGAUGUUCCAGCUAGUUAUGAAGGGGACCUCCAGAAUCCUGACACACAUGAGGAUUUAUUUGGUAUGCAUAGAGCGUUUAGUAGAGGCAGUCAUGGAACCCACACUAGCACCACAUACAGUGGGAUGAGCAAACACCUCGAUGUUGAGGAGCUUGAAAUGCUCUUGGAGGCAUACUUUGUGCAGAUUGAUGGUACACUGAACAAAUUAUCCACGCUAAGGGAAUAUGUUGAUGACACGGAGGACUAUAUUAAUAUCAUGCUGGACGACAAACAAAAUCAUCUCUUACAGAUGGGGGUUGUUUUGACCACAGCUACUCUCGUGAUUAGUGCAUUUGUCGUGGUGGUUGGUAUUUUUGGAAUGAAUAUUACUAUUGAUUUGUUCGAUGAUAAAAAAGCUGGAAUGACUGAAUUCAUCUGGACUGUUGGUGGUGGUGCAACUGGUACUAUAUUCCUCUAUGUGGUUGCCAUGGCAUGGUGCAAACACAAACGACUGCUGGAGUGAGUUUUAUUUUUAUGAUCUGUAUCCUCUGCCUGUUAUUAAGCUUACUGCGUAAUAACUAUUGCAUACCUCUUCUUCUUACUGUUGAGUUAGAUAUGCAACACUGUUUUAUUGGAUAUCAGUAGUCAGUACAAGGUGUUACCUGUAUCAUCUACCUCUACAAUAAAUAAUAAUGUGUCAAUAUUUCAAGCUUGAUGUUAUAAGUAAUGCUGCUGAUUUCUAUAUUUGACAGUAUAUACAAUGUUACUAAUUCAAUCCAAACAUCAAGUAAAUGGACGAAAUGUGGCGUUCUGGUAUAUAAGAACUAUCUCUAUGUAUCAGGAUACCGUCUACUUUGUCUCGUCAUAUGUUUUUAACUUGCAACUUACUAGAAUAUAGCUGGGAUUAGAUGUCAGUCUUUGAAAGUAGUCUUCCUUCCGUUCUCAAGAUUGCUGAACAGUUGUAAAGUGCAUAUAGGGAUUCAUGAAUAUGGAUGUGUAUUUGAAAAGGAUUUUGUUUUCCCCAAUGAUGGGAAAGUUGCUACUUCUUGUUGUUGUUGAACUGGAAGUUAGGGAGUUUUCUGUAAAUUGAACCAUUUAGGAGACUGUUGCACUGGAAGACAAGCUUAAACUUGGCAGUCAUCACUGGCCAUAUAUUUCAUAUCAAGAGAUUCAACCUGUGGUCCCUGCUUUUCUAUGUGAACAAGUUAGAGAGAGAGAAAGACUUGAACUGAACUGGGGAGUUUACAUGGCAUCUGUUACUACUACUGUAAAUGAGAAGCUGGUGACAGGGUCAUGUGUAUCAGCUGUGCAUGGAGAUCGAAAACGAAGAACAACGAGAGUCAACUCAGUCCAUGGUAAAGGAGAAUUCGGAAGAAGAGGCUUCCUUUUAUCAGCUGCUUUUGCAUCAUCUCCAGCAGUUGCAUCUGAACUCAAUGAUUCUAAGAGUGCUCUUAUUCAGAAGUAUCUGAAGAAGUCGGAGGAAAACAAAGCCAAAAAUGACAAAGAGAGACUGGAUGGUUAUUACAGACGCAAUUACAAGGAUUACUUUGAAUUCAUGGAAGGGGCUUUUGAAAAUAAAGAGAAGCUCACUGAAGCAGAGCAGGGUAUUCUUGAUUGGCUCAAGGCUAACAGAUAACUUAGUUGGAAACAUUGUAUUUGAGUAAUUUCUCUGAAUCACAAGAACACUUGAGGCAUUUAUUUCUCUUCAUUUUUCAGAGGAGUCUUCCAUGUUGCUGCCUGCAUAGAUGUUUAGCUUCUCUAUCUUGUUGAUGUUCAGCAUCCUUGUGUUGUCAUUUUGAUGUAUCGUUUUGGCGUGUUAGGUGUUCAUUAGGACUCACCUGUAUAUUUAGCUUGCUUAUCUUUAAAUAUCAUAACAUUCAUAUUUCCUA